AUGAUCCUUUUUGUUGUGACCAAUAUUGAUUUCAGUAAGAAGGUGGCUGAUAUGAUCACACAGGAUAGAGAUUGGAAUCCAGUAGCCUUGAAGCAAUGGCUCACUCCUAAUGCUAUUAACAUCUUGAAAAAUACUUUACCUCCUAAUCAAGAAGACAGUCCGAAUAAGAAAUCAUGGAGAUUUGGUAGCAAUCCAUCUAUCUCGAUUAGGAAUAUUUAUGAAACACUUUUGAAUAGAGGAGAUGCUAAUGAGGAGAGGCAAGAGUUGUGGUCUAUUUUAUGGAAGUGGAAUGGCCCCCAGAAGAUCAAGAUUUUAUUGUGGAAGAUUUUGCAUGGCAGAUUACUAACUAUGAAGAAAAUAUCUCAAUGGGGAGAGAGAAAUAAGCUUCGUCAUGGUUCUACCAUUCCUAGUUGGAUAAACAGGGAGAUUAUUAUUCGCAACCUGGUCAAAGAGAUUGAUGAUGUUUUCUCCAAUCCUAAUAGCCAUCAGUUGGGUAGAGGAACUGUUAUUAUUAAUAUUUCCAGGCUUUUUCCAAAAGAUUGCUAUAUUAAAAUAAAUACUGAUGGAGCCUCGCGUGGUAAACUUGGACAUGUUGCUUAUGGAGGUGUACUGUGUGACUCUAACGAUAAGUGGCUAAGUGGAUUUGCAUUUAAAUUAGGAACAUGCUCUUCUUAUAAAGCUGAACUUUGGGGUAUUCUUCGUGGUUUAGAAUUGGCCUGGAAUGAAGGAUUUUGA